AUUUGGAUCUUUCAUAUUUUUGAAAAGACGAGUUCGUGUUAUAUUUCGUGUUCCAAGGUAAGCUUCUCACAAGUCCCAGAAUUUGCCGAAUCUGAUUUAAUAAGUUGGAGCCCACAACACUUAAUAACACAGUGUGAGCCAAGUACACGAAUUGCACAUAGCUUCACUUAGUCUGAGAAGGCUAUAUGAGCUUGAUUCUCAACAUGUCUCAUCGCCAAAUGCCAUACCAGUGUAUGGAAACAUGUGGUAACAUCUUAGUUGCAGCUCGAGGAUCGAGUAUUGACUCCUUUAGCCUGGAAAAUGGCUCCUUACUCUCAACAUGGACAUGCCCGGCCUCUUCAGACACUACGCAGACAGAGAAGGCGUCCGCUUCUGAAAUCCAGAAGAAAGCAGCGAGCCUGGAACCAGUUGUACCAACAGGAGAAGUAGAUGCUGGGGAAGAUGGCCCACCAGCAAAGAAGAGAAAGCUAUCGUCUGGGAUCAUCGAGGAGACGAAUGAAGACGACUCAAGCUUAACACCAGACACCAAGCAGGAGCAGCAAGAUGGCAAGAAAAAGAAACCAAAACAUAAUAAUCGCUCAGAGGCUAUAGCUAGUGGUCUACAAGCCCCAGCUGUGAUUGCUCUGGCUGCUACGAAAGAUGGGAAGCACGUGAUUGCUGUUACUGGGGAGGACAAGAGUAUCAGGGUGUUUGAAAGUCUUGAGGAGGGAGGAUCGCAAAGACUUCAGCAACUUAGUCAGAGAGCCAUGCCCAAAAGACCAUGUUCCAUAACCAUCACAGCAGAUGACCAAACUAUAAUCAGCGCCGACAAAUUCGGCGACGUCUACUCUCUCCCACUGAUUCCCUCCUUGGAAUCCGCAAACCCAGCCCCUCAAACCCCGGAACCAUCAGCAGCAGCCAAACCAUUCAUCCCUGCUGCCAAUGAACUGACCAUCCACUCCCAACGCAACCGCAAAGCCCUCGAGAACCAAAAACGGCAAACCAAUCGGCCCACCGAGAAGUCAGAACCAACAUUCGAGCACAAGCUCUUACUCGGACAUGUAUCCAUGCUUACGGAUAUAGCUUUGGUCACUGUCGAAGGACGAAACUACAUCGUAACGGCUGAUCGCGAUGAGCACAUUCGCAUCUCGAGAGGAAUACCUCAAGCGCAUAUUAUUGAGGGGUUCUGUCUAGGCCAUACAGAGUUCAUUACUCGACUAUGCUUUCCGGGCUCGAGACCAGAGGUGUUGAUCUCCGGUGGUGGGGAGGAGGAGUUGUAUGUGUGGGAGUUCUUGCCUGGCAAGCUUGUGAGCAAGGUGGAUUUGAAGAGCCAUGUUCAUGGAGUGAGAAGGGAGCUGGAUGUAUUCAAGGGGAUUGAUGGCGGUGUUGAGGCUGUAAAAUUUGUCGUGUCAGGUCUCCUCAGUGUUCAGACAAUGGUUGGAUCUAAGAUCAGGGAGGUUAUCGUUGUUGCUUGUGAAGGCGUCCCAGCACUCUUCCUAUUCCUUCUCACACCUUCCAAUCGGCUCGAAUAUCUCCAAACCCUGGCUUUGCCAGGAAACGUCCUCGCCCUGUCCUUAACCUCGUCCAGACUCAUCGUAUCAAUCGACACAAUCCACAAGCCUGGCUCAACUAACGAGCUUAGAACCGAGACCACAGAGAACUUGAAUGUUUUACAAACUUUUGAGUUCUCAACGCAAGAGUUGAUGCUGGUGGAAGGUGCGUUGGCAUUCGCGAAGAUUGAGGAGGAUUGGAAGCUUGAUGCGGUGGGAAGAUUGGGCAAUCUAUUGUACGGCUUGGAAAAUCUAAGGAAAAGGGAGGGAGAUGGCGGGGAGGAGUAAACAGUGGAGUGAACACAGACUUAGAUGGAAUCAUCUUGCUUGUCGAAGCAAAUAUACCCCAAAUCUUCCUGUGCCGAAAGGUUUCUAGCUCAGCGCGAGGUCUAAUACCGAUCUUCGCUUCUAGGUUGUCCGAGUUUCUCCCUCAUGUUUUGGGCGUCCCAAUCUUUCAGAGAAUAAAUCAAGCAAGCGUAGUUGGCCACAAGCGUGUGCUUAUGUUGAUACCGCUUGGUGUGCUCUUUUAUUUUGCCUCUUGAACUCACUGAGUUCGACUGUGUAAACAUAAGGAAUGAAUAUCUAUGGCUCCCAGCUCAACAGUAAGAUAUGGGAGACAAGAUUUCAGCUCUAGUCAAAGAGCUAUUUCAGAUCCCUUUAUAGGCUAGCAUGUGACAGCUCUUAAUUUUGUCG